UCCCGGCCCGGGCUCCAGGUGCUAUGGCUUCCCGCGGGAGGAAGCGGAAGGCCGAGACGGCGGUGGUCGCAGCAGCUGAGAAGGUGGAGAAGCAGGCUGGUGGCCAGAAGGAAAUGGAGGAGGCGACUAUUGUUAUCGAGCAUUGCACCAGUUGACGCGUGUACGGGCGCAACGCCGCGGCCCUGAGCCAGGCGCUGCGCAUGGAGGCCCCGGAGCUUCCAGUGAAGGUGAACCCUGCCAAGCCCCGGAGGGGCAGCUUCGAGGUGACGCUCCAGCGCCCGGACGGCAGUAGUGCGGAGCUCUGGACGGGGAUUAAGAAGGGACCUCCACGAAAACUCAAGUUCCCUGAGCCGCAAGAGGUGGUGGAGAAGCUGAAGAAGUACCUUUCGUAGGGAUGUUUGGGCAGAAAGUCUCACGCCGAGCCUUCUAUCCCUGGUGAUGUUGGGAGCAUUUAUGAUGGGACAUGGCCAAACUUCAGUCAUGUGCCUGAAGCUACGGUUUCUUCCCCUCCAGAAGUGAUGGUUCAGUUGUGAGGCAACACUCUAGUAAGACACUGAAAAGUUCUUAGAUUUGGUUUGUUUAAUAAAAGUUGAAAUAAAGUACUUGAGUAAUAAAGUAAAACUUAAUUUUAUGGUAAAGGAUGAAAGCCAGUAACCAAUGAACCUGAAACGCCCAGGGUGUCUGGUAGAGCAUAUGGAAAACUUGUAAAAUUUUGGGGGGAAAGUAAGUAAUUUUUUAAAAAGCAACUGUAUCUUUUUCAACUCACUUCUUGGAAGUGAUGAUGGAAGUACUUCCUCCUGGCCCCGACAGAGGUUUUGGCUAGACUUCUCAUACAGGGAAUAAGUAAGCCCCACACAUAGGUGCUAGACAAUGUCCUGUCCCUCCCAUCUACUUUGUGUUCCAGCCCAGCACCGCUUCACACCUUCUGGAACAUUUUCUGACAAAGAACUACUGCAAAGGGUGUACUUAAUUUUUCCUGAGUUAGCAGUGCCUCAUAACCUGGGAGACCUGGCCUUGGCUAUUACCUAUGACCCACCAGAGU